ACCUGACUACUUUCACGCCGUUCUGUCCCAUAUUGACAUUUGACAUCGCUGCAUCCCGCUCACACCACCCGGGCUGUCAUCGACUGCGAAGAAGAGGAGGCUUUUACAUAAUUCGACCGCAGACUUGGUUCUAGUAGAAUUCGUGACCAAAAAUGUCGCUGUCACAGGGUGUUCGCUGUUUAUUGAGCCGUGCGGCAACAACGGGAGCAGUGCGAAAUGGUGGAGCCGUCGCCGCCUCGAGGACUAGAAGUUUUUGCCCGGCAGCUGUGAGGAUGCUCCAUCGACAAUGCGGGCCAGCUGUUAGCUUGCUGCUACAAGAUAGUUUAGUUGGCAGGCAAUCGCAAUCGAUAUAUGUUCGACAAUAUUCGGGUCAUGCUCCUCCGCUAUCGUUGAAAUUAAUCCAGGAACGUGUUAUACUUGUAUUAAAACUCUACGAUAAAAUUGAUCCGGCAAAGCUUACUGUCGACUCUCACUUCAUAAAUGAUCUGGGUCUUGAUUCACUCGAUCACGUUGAAGUCAUCAUGGCCAUGGAAGAUGAAUUCGGUUUCGAAAUUCCCGAUUCAGAUGCCGAGAAAUUGCUUACACCUGCCACCAUUAUUCGAUACGUAGCCGAUAAAGAAGACGUUUAUGAAUAAGGGGACGAAAUAUGAAAUUUAGAAAAGAAAAAAAAUUGAGAACCUUCUAAUUUAGUGGGAAUUAAUGAAUAAAAAGUAAAAGAUUAUCUGAAGAAUGAGGCAGUGAAUUACAGAACUGAUGACAUUUAUAACAGCAAACCAUCCUAUCGGCGAUUAAAGUAAGAAGUUAAGAGAACAUCAUCA